CUCCACUUGACGUAACGAAACCCAUUCCACAAAUGUACUUUUCUGAUAAAUCUGACGAAGAAUUCGACCAACCUAAAAUGGCUGAUGUCAAGCCAGGUGUACCCUUGGUUCCAUUGGCUGGCAAACCAGAAGACAAAGAUGGAAAGGAUGUAGAACCGACUUUGAGACCAGACGACAAACCCAAAUCUCCACUAGACGUAACGAAGCCUAUUCCACAAUCGUACUCUUCUGAUGAAUCUGAUGAAGAUUUCGACAAACCUAAAAUGGCUGAUGUCAAAUCAGGUGUACCCUUGGUUCCAUUGGCUGCCAAACAUGAAGACAAAUUUGUUAAGCCUAUAGAACCGAUUUCAAAACCAGACGACAAACCAAAAUCUCCACUUGACGUAACGAAGCCUAUUCAACAAACGUACUAUUCUGAUGAAUCUGAUGAAGAGUUCGACAAACCUAAAAUGGCUGAUGUCAAACCAGGUGUACCCUUGGUUCCAUUUGCUGCCAAACCAGAAGACAAAGGUGUUAAGCCUAUAGAACCAAUUUCAAAACCAGACGACAAACCCAAAUCUCCAUUAGACGUAACGAAGCCUAUUCCACAAUCGUACUCUUCUGAUGAAUCUGAUGAAGAUUUCGACAAACCUAAAAUGGCUGAUGUCAAACCAGAAGACAAAGGUGUUAAGCCUAUAGAGCCAAUUUCAAAACCAGAGGACAAACCCAAAUCUCCACUUGACGCAACGAAGGCUAUUAAACAAACGUACUGUUCUGAUGAAGAUUUCGACAAACCUAAAAUGGCUGAUGUCAAAUCAGGUGUACCCUUGGUUCCAUUGGCUGCCAAACAUGAAGACAAAUUUGUUAAGCCUAUAGAACCGAUUUCAAAACCAGACGACAAACCAAAAUCUCCUCUUGACGUAACGAAGCCUAUUCAACAAACGUACUCUUCUGAUGAAUCUGAUGAAGAGUUCGACAAACCUAAAAUGGCUGAUGUCAAACCAGGUGUACCCUUGGUUCCAUUUGCUGCCAAACCAGAAGACAAAGGUCUUAAGCCUAUAGAGCCAAUUUCAAAAUCAGAGGACAAACCCAAAUCUCCACUUGACGCAACGAAG